CAAGGGAGCUCGGGGUGCUAUUCCAAGAACCUAGACAGACUCUUGGAUUCAUGGGCUUUGCGGUACACGACGCUUCUAGCCUGGGCGUCGUUGUCGAGUUUGGCAUCCCCAACCUAGUGCCUCUAGGUGGCUCUGCGACAUACUCUGAACUCUCAGAGCGGUCGGGACUUGAUGAGGACAGACUGACACGUAUCCUCCGAUACGCCAUGAUUAACUUCACAUUCCGCGAGGAACCGGCCGUCCAUGUCCGCCACACAGCGCUAUCAGCCCAUCUCGCACGAGCGCCCGCCUCCUGCGAUUUUCUCCGAGUGCUAGCCAUCGUGUCCAACCCGGGCAAUGUCUGCUUACCCUCCGCUCUGCGCCGUUAUCCAAGCACGCAGUCCCUCACCCAGACAGCCCACAAUAUGGCUCGAGGCACAGAUGACACUUUCUACGCAUGGCUUGAAGUGAACCCGGACCUGCGGGAUAAUUUCGACAGAGGAAUGGAAGGCAUCAGCCGGGGAGGUCAGCGGUUGCAAGACACCGACAUACGAGCUUACCCAUGGCAUGCCCUCCCAGAAGGUUCCAAAGUCGUCGACGUAGGGGGCUCCAAAGGCCACUUUGUGAGAGACCUUGCCGAACUUCACUCCUCCUUCUCGUUUGUCGUUCAGGACCUCCCAAGGGUCAUCGAAGUCUUACUUGAGGAGAAUAAGCAAUCCCCUACCGCUAAUGUGACCUACCAAUCUCACAACUUCUUCGAUGAGCAGUCGGUAUCCGGAGCCGAAGUAUACUUUCUGCGACAUGUCCUCCACAACCAUCCUGAUCAGGAGUGUGUUGAUAUCCUCAAGGCUUUGCUGCCUGCCCUCAAAUCCGGAGCUAGGAUCCUGGCCAGCGAGUACAUCAUGCCUGCCCAGGAGGAAUUGAUACUGAUCUUGUUACGCAGGCAAAUGGACUUGAUGGCUAUGGCCCUUGUCAAUUCUAAGGAAAGGACCAAGGUCGAGUAUUCGGCCUUGUUUGCACGAGCUAGCCCAAAGCUGGUGCUGGAAUACAUCUAUCAAGUGCCUGAUGAUCCGAGAAGUUGCAUUUUCGAGGCGAUAUACGAUGAUCAAUGCGGGUGAUGCUAAAUUGCAUGGACAUUUAUGCCCUCGGGCUAUAAUUUCAUGAUCUAUG